GAAAGGUUAAAAAAAAUCAAAUUUGCUGCAACGUAGAAACUCCUCUGCUCUCUCUCGCUCUCUGGAUUGUCGAUGAAGUUUCUGUUUGGCCAUUUGCGAUCUUCGUUUCUUGGCGUUAAUACUUAUCUGCGCGGUAAAAAUGCUUUAUUAUAUUCAACGAAAAUCGCAACGACAACCCAGAGGAAUUUCUCAAUUAGCGAGCUCUACCGUAGGAUCUCUCCGGUCGGAGAUCCAAAUGUUUCGAUCGUUCCUAUUCUGAACCAGUGGGUUGAAGAAGGUAGACCUGCAGAGAAAGAAGAGCUCCAAUCAUUCAUUAAGGAACUAAGAUACUAUAAGCGAUAUUCCCAUGCUCUUCAGAUAUCAAUGUGGAUGACUGAUAAAAGAUAUAUUAAACUUGGACGUAGUGAUAUUGCCAUCCGGUUGGAUUUGAUUGGUAAAGUUCAUGGCUUAGAGCAGGCAGAGAACUACUUCAAUUAUGUUCCAAAACACUUAAGAGUCCUCGAGGUCUAUGGUGCUCUUCUCAACUGCUAUGCCAAAGCAAAAGCUGUGGAAAAAGCAGAGGCCCUAAUGCAGAAGAUGAGGGAUUUAGGUUUCAACCCGACAACUCUAUCGUACAAUGUUUUACUCAGUCUUUACUAUCAGACUGGCAACAACCAGAAAUUUGUUGAGCUGGUUAAAGAAAUUAAAGAAAAUGGCAUCCAAUUUGACAAAUUUACAUACAGCAUCUCUCUUAGUGCAUGUGCAGUUGCAUCUGACAAUCAGGGAAUUGACAAACUUUUGAAGGAGAUAGAGUCUGAUCCCAAUAUUGUUUUAGAUUGGACUGUUUAUUCCAAUGUGGCAAGUGCAUAUACAAAAGUUGGGGUUCUGGACAAGGCUAUGACAGCACUGAAGAAAGCCGAGGAGCUGGUUACUCACAAGAGGAGAAGUGCGGCAUAUAAUUUCAUUCUCACACAGUAUGCAGCUGCUGGAAAAAAAGAUGAAGUUUUGAGACUUUGGGAAAUCUACAAGAACAAGGAGAAGGUUUUCAGCAGGGGUUAUAUGUGUAUUUUGACUUCAUUGUUGAAGCUUGAUGAUAUCGAAAAUGCUAAGCUGAUUUUUGACGAGUGGCAAUCCCAGGGUUUACAAUAUGAUAUUCGAAUUCCAAAUCUAUUGAUUGGUGCAUAUUGCAGGAAGGGUCUCAUGGAGAAGGCUGAAAACCUUGUAAAAACUGUAAUACCAAGUGGGGGAAAGCCUGAUGCAUUCACAUGGUAUAUUGGCAUCAGGGUAUCUUCAGAAUGGUGAAUCACUGAAGGCGGUGGAAGCUAUGAAGAAAGCACUAUUGGUUUGUUCUUCGAGGUGGAAACCAGACAUGAACAUAGUAGCUUCCUGUCUGAAUUACUUGAAGGAGGAAGGAGAUGUAGAGGGAGCUAAGGAGUGUGCAGGAUUAAUGAGAGACAAGGGUAUCGUUUCUGAAGGUCUCCAUGAUAGAUUGUUGGAUUUUAUUAAAGGUGAAAAAUCUAUGUCGAAUCCGCUCAGCGAGUUGUCUGAUGAUGCUUCAACGGAAAAGACAGAAUUGCCAGAACUUUCAGAUUUGGAGGAGGGCAGUAACCGAGAGGAAGGGAGGUAGGCAAAAUUUCGAAGUCUUAGAAAACAAGUCUGAUAUAUUCUGCUGUAUUAUAUCAGUCACUUCUAAUUUAUCUCUUCAUAUUCAAGAUCAGUAAGAAGAAUGUUGCAGAAUUAGUCAGACAAUUGUAGUUUCUUUUGUUUGUAGGGACUUCAGGGCCAGGCUCUGAGCAGUUUUAACAUGGUGGAAAAGAGUUAGGGAACUUGAUUUUUAUGCUAUGCUUCUGAGAAUGGUCACUGUUGGUCAUCCAUGAUCCCAGAGAAGAAUCUCUUAAUUUUUAAUUUUUCUGUUCAUGUGUGUAUACAUACAUAAUUGUAUGCAUAUUAAUUUACAUGUUCUUAUGUAUGAACAUAUACGUAUAGAAAUCUUUUUUCUUUUGAAAUAAUAUACAUGUAGAGAAUUGAAGCCAAAA